UAUUCGGCCACAGAUGUAGCCGUUACAUUUGAUGUGUUUUUAACGGUUAACCUUCAAUAUGGAUAACUUGAAACCAUAUUUAGUUUUUCUUUAGUCUGUUAUGUUACGUUUGGCGUUAAAUAAUUAGCUACAUACAUUUAAAAUAAUUAUAUUGAUAUUCCUCACCUAAGACUAACUUUACUUCAAUGGUUAGCCCAAGAAUAGCUAAUGCUAACUAGUUAGCUACCGUUAGCCUGCUCCUGCCCUCCCUGACGUCACUGAUCCAGCACUGAGCCUCCACAGGGUGCUCAGGUGAGGAGGUGAGGAGGUGAGCAGUGGAGAUGACGGGACAGGACGAUGUGGACAUACCCGAAACAGGAGCCAUCUUCACAUUUGGAAAGAGCAGCUUUGCUGACAAUGUACCUAGUACAUUCUGGUUGAAGAAUGACCAGCCAGUGCACCUAUCUUGUGGUGGAGAGCACACUGCUGUUGUCACAGAAAAUGGCAGGCUACUCAUGUUUGGUGGUAAUGCUUGGGGCCAACUGGGGCGUGGAUUUAAGCCUGCUGCCAGGAAACCUGCCUCCGUGAAAGCCUUAAAGUCUGAGAAGGUGAAGCUUGUGGCUUGUGGGAGAGAUCACACAAUCGUCUGCACAUGGCGGGGUAGUGUGUAUGUGGCUGGCAGUAACCAUGAGGGGCAGCUUGGUAUGGGCCACUGCAACAACACUACAUCUUUCCACCUGCUUCAUCCCUUCUGUGACCAUGCACCAAUCAAAAUGCUGUCUGCAGGAUGCAACACCUCAGCUGCCUUAACAGAGGACGGGAGGCUGUGGAUGUGGGGAGCCAACGCCGUGGGUCAGAUUGGUUUAGGGGACGAGGGGUUUGCAGCAGAACCCACAGAGGUGGAUGUUGGGGAGGCGGUGCUUUGGGUCUCCUGUGGGUACCACCACUCAGCAUUUGUCACAGUGGAUGGAGAUCUUUACACGUUUGGCGAGAGUGCGAAUGGAAGGCUUGGUCUCCAGGUGGAGCAGCUGGCCAAUCACAGAGUCCCUCAGCGGGUGCAAGGGAUUCUGGGUCGUGUCACCCAGGUGUGCUGUGGAGGGGAACACACUGUGGCACUCACAGAGGAGAACGUGUACACGUUUGGUAGAGGUCAGUACGGUCAGCUGGGCCACGGGACAUUUCUGUUUGAAGUUGAUUUGCCAAAACCACUGGAGCACUUUAGUAACAGCAGCAUCAAACAUAUCGCCUGUGGAGAAAAGCACACCGCUGUGAUGACAAGUAACGGACUCCUGUACACAUUUGGUGAUGGUCGUCAUGGGAAACUGGGUUUAGGGGAGGAGAACUUCAUCAACCAGUUCAGCCCGACACUCUGCACACGUUUUUUUAAGUGCAAUGUUCAAUCAGUGUCCUGCGGUGGUAACCACAUGCUGGUACUGGCUGCACCCAGACCACCAGAGAGCCAAGAAGUGGUGCCAGAGAAUGAUGUCACAAUCACAGAGAACUUUCUGGAGCCAAGUUACACAGAAAUCCUUCAGCUGGGCGCUUUGAUUGAUCCACUCUUGGCCCUCUCUGCUCGAGCUCGCCACAGACAAAAAGGAAGCUCUGUGGAGCUGUUUGAAGAGAUGUCUCACAACCUCCCACGUCUAAGUUCUGACUUCCUCAACCCCUCCUGGCAAACGUCCAGAAAUAUCCCAACCCAUAAAACGCCCUCAAAGGACUUUACUACCCCUGCAUCAUCCCCGAAACCACAAUCAGAAGUAAUACUAAGCCCACCACUCUUUCCCAGAUCUCCAGUGUUAUCCUCUAAGCCAUCGAGCCCACGUUCUCAAUCGUCGAACACCUUUCAGAAUAAAUCCUCUACCACUGCUUCCUCUAAGUCUAAAUCCAAAGAGCUGCCUUCUCCCUUACUAUCGCCAAAGUCUAUAACUGAACAGAACACCCCAGUAUCUCCUAAAAGGGCUGCGAAAAAAAGACUGUACAGAGUGUCAACCGCUAAAAAGGCCUUAAUUGAAGAAUCUCCUCUACCACCUAAAGAGCCCUGCAGCCCCACUAGACCCUCCAGUGAUGUUUCCAAUAAACAUCUCAGUGAGGAAGAGCAUCCUGCCUCGCCACAAACAGAGGAAGAAAAUGUUCAGAGACAAAUUGUCAUAGAAGAUGUGGAGGAGAAUAUCUCUGAGAAAGGAGUCGACUCUGACUUUUUGCCAAAUAUGGAAAAGAAGAAAGGUCGAGCUCUUAGAAGAACUAUGAAAGAGGCACAGUUGUUUGAGGUCAAUGGAAAGGCAGGACAUAAUUCUCUCAAGGCCUCACCCACAGCGCUCCUGAAAGGCUCUUUAAAGAAAGAAGUGUCUCCACCGAGGAGCUCAAAGAGUCUAAAAAACACAUCCAAAAAAGUCACAUCUAAAGGCAAAGAGAACAUCACCAAGCAGUCUCUUAAAAUCAAAACUCAUGAAGACGAACAAGCUCGAAAGGAACCCUCGCAUUUGAAAUCACCAGCAUCGAGCCCAAAAAGUCCACAAUCUGUCAGGAAGACACUGACUGAAGCGCAGCAGAGACUGACUGAAUUGAAGAGAAAUGACAGGAGACAGAGAAAUAUUAAAGAAAUGAAUAUAAACAAAGAGGAUACGAAAGCCAGCCCGUUUAAGAAAAACUUGAUAGAGACACCAAAAAAGGAGGAACAUAAAUCUUCAGCUUUGGACAAGACAUCUCCUGUUAUUAAGGUCACUACAGGAAAUGAAACAAGCAGCAUAUCUGUCCAAAGUGUAAGUUCGUCAUCCGUAGAAAGAGAUUCAGAAAUCCAGAGUGAGACCACUGACGUCAAACCUGAUGAAGUGCAGAUGCAACGGGAGACGCAGCGAGUCAAAUCAACUCCAACAAAAGAUUUGCACAAGGUUGAAUCUGUACUGGGAAAAGGUCAAAAUAAAGCACUGGAUGUAAAAUCAUCACUAGUGAGAAAAGGAAACACACCUGCUCAGGUUGAUACUAAGAAAUCCCAAAGUGUUAAAUCGACACCAGUGAAAAUUAAAGGGACACCGCAGGAAGUCAAAUCCACACCAGUCAAAAGACAAAGUAAAUGUGCAGGAAAUACUCCCGUUAAAAGCAAAGGAAGAGUUGUGGAAAAUGAAUUAAACACAGCUCAAAAAAUGGGAGGUAGAACUGCAGAUAAGCAGAAGAUACCUAGAGAUGACGGCGGUGAAGAUAAAAAGAAGGCAAAAGAAUCUAAACUGAAGGCAAAAACAAAACCAGGGGGAGAAGACGGAAAUGAAAUAAGAGUUAAAGGAGAAGCUGACUCUGAAGAUAAUACGAGGGCCAAGCCAAGGAGUAAGCAGACAGAAUCUUCCAGCCCGCUGUUAUCACAACAGGAUACACCUAUUGAAGUGCUGUGUAACCCCAUUUCCUCACAAAGCACUCACAGAACAGAGGUGGUUUCCGUCAGCGGUGCCAAAUCCCUGCAAGGCCCCGAACCUGUUGAUAAGGAUCUGCUCGUUUCUGGAACAAGCAUGGAGGACACUCAGAGCCUGACUGAAGAAAAGCCAAGGUGGGGGGAGAUCCUCAGUACCGCAGCCUUACUCCUUCCUGCUGUGGGGAUAGCAGGUGCAGCUAUGGGGGUCCUUAGUGAGGCAGUGACAAGCAUAGGGGCUUCUCAGUCUGAUACAGUUACCUCUACACCACCCAAAACACCCAGGCGAGUGACACAAUUCACAAAACAGAGUGCAGUUUUGCAGCCUUCUUUUUCCUCGACACAUUUUUCUUCAACAGAAGCGUCAAAUCCACCAGAAGAAAGCACGAAGAAAGAUGUUCAGGUCAAGAAGAAUGUAGUUCAAGAAGAAGAAAGUCAUGGUACCCCUCAGUCACAACAGGGGGUGGUGAAGAGUGACGGGGAUGAAGACUUUUCACAAACAGAGGGUAAGAACAGGGGCACAGAUGUGGAAACUUUCCAGCAAGAACUCGGAGAAGAUGAGAAAACCUACAACGAUCAUGAGGGAGAAGAAAAACAUACUGAAGAUGAGGAAAAGAAGGAAGAUGAAGAGAGUGGAAGCGAUGUGGAAGACGAAGGAGAUGAAGAGAGUGGAAGCGAUGUGGAGGAGGGAAGUGAGAGUAGUGUUGAUGUCUUAGAGGAGGAAAAGCUGAGUGUUUCUGGUGAGGAAGAGCAAGAUAAUGAAACUGCAGAGGAAGAUGAGGAGGAGGAAACAGGCUCCAGCAGUGAGGAAGAGGAUGAAGGAAGUGAGAAGAGUGAUGUUACAGAGGCGGAAGAGGAGGAAGAAGAAAGCAGUGAGGCAGCAGGGGAGGAGGGAAGUGAAGAAUCCACUGAAGAAGAGAAUAAAAAAAAAGAGGAAGAAAGUACUGUGAGUGAGGAUGAAGAAGAUGAAAGUGGUGAAGAGUCGGGGAGCAGCAAGAGCAAAGAGUCAGAGGAGGAGGACAGAGACGGAGGUGACACUGCAGAGUCUGAUUCUGAGGAAGAAAACGAAGAAGAAGAAGAAAAUGAGGUUGGUGAGGAAGAGGGUGAAACUGAGGACCAAAAAGAUUCCAUCGAAAGUAAGGAGGAGGAGACAGACUCAGAAGAAGAUGAAGAAACGGGUAAGAGUGAAGGGGAGGAAGAUGAGAAACAGGAUGAAGCGAGUGUUGAAAAUGACGAGGAGGAAGAGGAAGAUGGUGAUCCUGAUGAAGACAGAGAAGAGCAAGAUGAAAAGCGUGAUAAAGAAAAUGAGGAGGAGGAAGAGGGUGAGGAAGAGGUAUCUUUAGAUGAAGGGGAAGCUGAGGAAGAGACUGCAGAGGAGGAAGAGGAAGGAAAGGAGGAGGAAGAAGAAGAGGGCGAGGAGGAGGAAGAAGAGGGAAAUGAGGAGGAGGAAGAAGAGAGUAAGGAGGUUACAGAGGAGGAAGAAGAGAGUAAGGAGGAGGUUACAGAGGAGGAGGAAGAAGAGAGUAAGGGGGAGGUUACAGAGGAGGAGGAAGAAGAGAGUAAGGGGGAGGUUACAGAGGAGGAGGAAGAAGAGAGUAAGGAGGUUACAGAGGAGGAAGAAGAGAGUAAGGAGGAGGUUACAGAGGAGGAGGAAGAAGAGAGUAAGGAGGUUACAGAGGAGGAAGAAGAGAGUAAGGAGGAGGUUACAGAGGAGGAGGAAGAAGAGAGUAAGGAGGUUACAGAGGAGGAAGAAGAUGGUGAGGAGGAAGAAGAGAGUAAGGAGGAGGUUACAGAGGAGGAGGAAGAAGAGAGUAAGGAGGACCUUACAGAGGAGGAGGAGGAAGAAGAAGAGGAUGAGGAAGAAGAGAGUAAGGAGGACCUUACAGAGGAGGAGGAGGAAGAAGAGAGUAAGGAGGAGGUUACAGAGGAGGAGGAAGAAGAGAGUAAGGAGGAGGUUACAGAGGAGGAGGAAGAAGAGAGUAAGGAGGAGGUUACAGAGGAGGAGGAAGAAGAGAGUAAAGAGGAGGUUACAGAGGAGGAGGAAGAAGAGAGUAAGGAGGACCUUACAGAGGAGGAGGAGGAAGAAGAAGAGGAUGAGGAAGAAGAGAGUAAGGAGGACCUAACAGAGGUGGAGGAAGAAGAAGAGGGUGAGGAAGAAGAGAGUAAGGAGGGGGUUACAGAGGAGCAGGAGGAGGAGGAAGAAGAAGAGGAGGAAGAAGAGAAGGAGGAGGAGGAGGUAAAAUCAACAACAAAAAACGUACAGAAGUUGCCAGUCAGUUCUCCUGACACAAAAGACAAACAACAGAAAGAAACACCUAAACCAGCACCGAGGACGAAGAAGAUCGCUGCAAGAGAGAAGACAGAAGCCGACUCUAAGCAGUUCUGGAACGAUGUUCUGCCUCAGUACCUCGACCUGCAAUGAGGUUCAUGUUUAACUAUAAAAUAGUGUUGAACUGAAAGGACUCAGCACCACGAGGGCCGUUCAGUACAGUUAGACCUGCUCACUGUGAGUCAGACAGCUGUCGGUAUAGUUCUCUUAUUGUCAACAAAUCAUUAAAAGACCGAAACCAACAAUUCAUUAGUCUCUCCCUCAAUACUUAACCACUUCCUGACUUUGUCUGUGGCACUCAGCCCCAAGCUCAUUUAUUCCUACUAAAGACAUUCAUUUUUAAAAAUGUGUCACAAAUUAGUUUUUGCGAGGUUACCUUUUAGACACGGCUCCUGAUGGCAGCAAUUCAGGUGUGUUAUGCUAGUAGCGGCUAAUCAGGGCCAGCUUAAGGCAUAGGCCAUAUAGGCGGUCGACUAGGGCGCCACCUUCUGGGGGACGCUGGUCGCCCUCUUGAAAAAUAAGAAAAGAAAACAAUACCAAAUCCGAAUAUCGCCUAGGGCACCAAAAGGGCUGGAGCCGGCCCUGUGGCUAAUGUAGCCUAAAGCCGCUAGCCUCAAGCAGAGAUGAGGAGUGGGCUACAGCUCCCUUCUUUCUAACUCCUCACCUCCAGAUCAAACCUGAAGCACACUCAAGUGACAUCACUUGAGGCAAUUUAUCAGACUUCACACAGCUUCCUCUAGAGCCACUAAAGGUUUUAUGCAACCCUUUUCCACAUUUGCAGUAGUACUCCUCAAGACUCCCCCUCAUUGUACUCUCUUCAUGGUCUCAUAAAUGUAUUCAUUUGUA